UUGACAUAUGCAUGCAUAUUGUGUGUUUACUGACAAUAAUCUAUGGACAUGUGUUGAUUAUAGGCACCGUAUUUAACGGUCAAUCGACGGUCAAAGGCUCAGCGAAAGCAAGUCCACGUCUGCUGACGAUAUAGACCCACUACGCUUCACGAAAGCGUCUAGUUUCUGCCAGACUGACUACGCUGGGUGUGAUACGGUGGAUUUUUGCCAAGGAGGUUUUGCUAUCAGCAAAGCUGGAGUUGGCCGGCCGCGCAGCCAGAGGGGCAACAUUAACCUAAUAAUGAGCGUCGACUGACUCCCCUGGCCAAUUUCCCUGGCCAUUUUUGGCCGAAUUCUACGAUCGCUGUACCCUUCGGAAAGCCUGGUGCCAGUGGUGGAGGCUAGAAAGCGUCCAGUUCCGAACACAAACAUCAUGGCCAUGGGUCCUCGUGUAAAGGUCUUCCUUCUCGCCGUGGUGUGUGCUGCUAUCGGACUGGUUGUGGGUGUUCUUAUCGGGUUCUUCUCUCGGAGCGGAGGCCGGGCUGACGUCGAGACACUCCUGUCCGAGGAGGAAAGCUGGGUGUCCGGGGCGCUGAUGGCUGAGAUCGACCCGGGUCGGAUUGAAGGAUACCUGAGGAAGCUGACAGAGAAGCCCCACCUAGCGGGUACUGAGGGAAGUUACACGCUUGCGGAGUACGUGAGGCAGACGUGGCUGGAGCAGGGCCUGGACUCCGCACACAUUGCGCCGUACCACGUCCUGCUAUCGUACCCACACCCGGACAAACCCAGCUACGUCGCUCUACUCGAUAGCAACGACGAUGAGAUGUUCCGAUCAGCCCCCCGUGAACCGAACUUAGAUCUGGACCCGCCUGCAAACAUCUCCAGUGUGGUGCCGCCUUUCGCCGCGUACUCUCCCUCGGGCACAGUCGAGGGCGACUUGGUUUGCGUGAACUACGGCAGGACGUCAGACUUCGCCCGGCUGGAGAGCUUGAACAUCAACGUGGCGGGGAAAAUCGUGAUCGCUCGGUACGGGAAAACCUCAAGAGGCAGAAAGUUGAGACGUUGCCAGGUACGCGGUGCCCUGGGCCUGAUCGUGUACUCAGACCCGGCGGACACGGUCGGGACGGGCCCCGCUGCUGACGACCGGCCGGUGUACCCCGAGGGGUGGUUCGGCCCGGGUACGGCAGUGCAGAGGGGGCACUACCUCUACACACAGGUGGAGGGAGAACCACUCACGCCAGGCUACCCUGCCAAAGAUUACAUGUUCCGGUUGAACGAGAAUGCGAGUGAACCUCUCCCUACCAUCCCGGCGUACCCUAUAGGUUAUAACGACGCCUGGCACCUCCUCAGUGCAAUGGACGGACCCGAAGCUCCGUCUUCCUGGAGAGGUGGUCUCAACAUCACCUACCGACUUGGACCGGGACUGCAGGCAUCGGGGCGCGCGAGGAAAGUCCGACUGAACGUGAACGUGAACCGCGAGGUGAGGCCCAUCCACAACGUCAUCGGGGUCAUUCGAGGACGCGUGGAGCCAGACCGAUACGUGUUGCUAGGUAACCACCGUGACGCGUGGAAUCUGGGCGGGGUGGACCCCAGCAGCGGUACGAGCUCCCUGAUGGAGGUCAGCCAUGCGUUUGGAGCAAUGGUGAAAAAGGGGUGGCGCCCCAGACGAUCGCUCGUAUUUUGCAGCUGGGACGCUGAGGAGUAUGGGAUACACGGAUCCUUUGAAUGGGUCGAAGACUUCGGUAAGAUUCUGACAGAGCGAGCUGUAGCGUACUUGAACGUGGAUAUGGCCGUAAGAGCCACAUACUCUCUCCGUGGAAGGGCGUCACCCCAACUUGCACCGGCCUUACUCGAAGCCGCGAAGAAGGUUCCCUGGCCGGUCAGCGCCCCGGAAGGAAAGACCAUGUACGACGUUUGGCGGAAACGCACACCGGAAGUGAACGGUGACCCGGAUACAAAACCCAGAGUGGACUUACCGAGAUCGGGGAGUGAUUUUACACCGUUCGUGCACCGGCUGGGCGUGCCGGCUAUCGACCUGGCGUUUUUCCAGGACACGUCCAUGGGUAUUUGGGAUUACCCACUGUACCACACGGCGUACGCGACCUUCCACCUCCAGAAGAAGAUCAUCGACCCGGACUUCCUGUUCCACCGGGCCAUGUCCCAGCUAUGGGCGGAGACAGCGCGCUCCCUGGCCGACUCCCUCAUCCUGCCCUUCCGCCUGUCGGAGUACGGCGCGGUUCUCGGCGGGAUGAUGGAGGACCUGGAGAGCAGGUACGGGACUCAGCUGGCGGCCAGGGACAUCUCUCUCGAUUCACUAUCAUCUGCGGUAAACAACUUCACAACUGCGGUGGACACAUUUGAUGCAGAGGUUGCUGGUGCAAAGAUAACGGACCCAUUUGUAGCCCGAAUGUACAACGACCAGCUGAUGCAGCUGGAAAGGGCCUUCAUCGACCCGCAGGGCCUGCCGGGAAGGAAAUUCUACAGGCACACAGUAAUGGCCAGCCGUCUGUACUCCUCAGCGACCUUCCCUGCCCUCGGUGACGCCAUUUACCUGGCCGUGAACAACAAGGCAGACUCUGAGGGGGCGUGGCGAGACGUUCGGAAGCAACUGUCAAUCAUAACGUUCAUCAUCCAAUCAGCAGCCAAUACUUUAGUGAAGAUAGAUUUAACGUCAUAAGGGAGAACAAGGGUAAUGUGUGGGCAUGGUUUUCUAUCACGACGGUACGAGGUCUAGGAAGGGAAUAUAUAUAGUUAUUUUUGAUUUUGUUUCGUCAUUUCAUGAAGUAGAAUAUAUGAAAGGACACACAAA